ACAAAAACAAGAAAAAAGUGUUAUUGUUAUUAUGACGUUAUGCCUAACUAGAGUGGUAUAGGGCGUUCACAGGGAAAUUUAUUUUCCAUUAUUAUAGUUUCCUUAUAAUCACUUACGUAAUUUACUUAGUCACCAAUCUGUAGUUGCAGCUAAUAGUAAUAUAUAUAUAUAUAUUGCAAUUAUCUGUCGCGGCCUAAAGCUUCAGAAUCAGUAUCAUGGCACCCAAAACGAAGCUCACCUACUUCAAUGGUACCGGACUCGGAGAGUCCAUCCGGUUCCUAUUAGUCUACCUGGACAGAGAGUAUGAGGACAGCAGAUUUGAAGAGGAAGAGUGGGCCAAAAUUAAACCGACAACCCCUUGGGGCAAGGUCCCACUGCUGGAGGUGGAGGGCGAGAAGCCUGUAGCAUGGUCCCUUGCCAUUACACGGUACCUGGGUCGUGAAGCUGGGCUUGCUGGUGCCAACACCUGGGAGGACCUCAGGAUCGACGAGAUUGUCUACGUCAUCAAUGACUUGCGAUCAUCGAUGGCCAGCUAUUUCCACGAAGAGAACGAGGCCAUGAAAGAGUAUCUUAAAGGACCUUUGUUUAGUACCACAAUACCUUUCUACUUGUCACGGUUGGAGAGCCAAGUGAAGGAGAAUAACGGUUUUCUGGCAAAUGGAAAGUUAUCCUGGGCAGAUGUGUAUUUUGCCGCACUCAGUGAUUACCUGAACUGGAUGAACGGCUCAAAGGAAAUCCUAGUAGGAUACCCCAACCUGCAGGCUCUAAAAGCAAAGAUCUUCGCCUUACCCAAGAUCAAGGAGUAUGUCGCAAAGAGACCGAUCACCAUAGAACUCCAACUCAAAGAGUGAACACAUAUACAAAUUAAACUAAGAAAGCUUGAAUUUAAUGCCUUAAAUCUUAUAGUAUUGUUAUUGACCAUUGCUAAUA